AUGCUGGUGUGUGAAGUCUGGGUGUUCAUCGUUGGAAAUAUCAUUGCCGGCACAUCGCGCUCCCUAUCGCAGCUUGUUGCGGGGAGAAUGGUUGCAGGCGUCGGUGGUGCAGGGCUACUCUCGCUGUGUACUAUCAUUGUGAGCCAGCUGACUAAUGAGAGACAAAGGAGCACGUAUCUCAACCUAAUCAAUGCGGUAUUCAUCAUUGCGGACUCGCUUGGUCCGAUUCUCGGCGGACUGCUAGCCAAGUCUGGCAACUGGCGAUGGAUCUUCCUUCUGAACGCGCCAAUUGGCCCCCUCAGUGAGUACGUAUCCUCACUGUAG